AUGGUGGUACCUCUCAAGCGCAUUGUGGACGUGGUGCGUCGAACCCGUGGAUGUGUGGUCUCGAAUGCCAUUGAACCUCUUUUUAUUCCUGGUAUGGGCAUAGGAAUUGUAGCGUGUGCGUAUAUUCCAAAGGAUACGUUGGUGUUCCAGGCCGGCCAUGACACCUGGUAUCCGUUUUCAGCAGAGCAUGCGCUGGAGACUGCACAGCAGAAAGCUCCAGGCUUUUUAACGCAAUGGAACCAGCUGAUGGAAUCAAACAAAACACUAAGUGAGAACUCUCGAUUUGUACACAGUGCGAUUGUGUUGGGGGUGCACAUGCUGGUGAAUUAUCCACAUGCAAAAGAUCCCGACGCGACUUUAGAGACCAUUGCAAAGAGUGAGACCCCACCGCUGAAUGAGUUGUAUGUCCAGUCGCUACCACGGUCUGUGGAUCUACCAUUGUUCUGGAAUGAUAAGCAAUUUCAAGAGCUACAAGGGUGUAAGGAGGCGCGUCGGGUCAUGCAGCAUGGAGAGCGCUUCUAUACGCAAAUUUACAAGUACUUUUUCGGCAACAACAACCAGUUUGUGAGCCUGAAAGCAUUCUUCUGGGCCAUUUCAAUUCUAAUGUCACGCGCAACGUCGAGCCGGAAUCAACCGUUUACGCUUGUUCCUCUCUUUGACUGGUUUAAUCACGCUGACAAUGGUGAUGAGUGCGUUCAGGAAUUUGACCCCCAAAAGGGGUUUAUGAUACAUACUACAAAAGCCUACGAACCGGGCGAGCAACUCUUUAUCAGUUACGGUAACCAUGGCAAUCUUCGACUACUUCGCAAUUACGGCUUUGCAACCCUUGACAACCCGUACGAUGUCGUCAAUCUUCCAAUGCCAAUAUCGUUGCAACAGCCGAACCCGGCAGACCCCGCUUUUUCUCAGAAACGAGAGCUGUUGUUAUCUGCUGCUGGUAGUCAAGCAGACGUGCCAGCUUUAAAAAACUUGACAAUCCAGCACGAUGGAAGUCUUAGUCCAAACGCGGAGCACUGGUUGGCGAUUAUACUCGCUACACCGGAAGAGCUGGGUGAUAUUUUCACGCAAGCAGCAUUGCAACCAGCCACUGAAGCGGACAUCACGCCGUCGCUUCGACUUCCGUCGUCAUUGGUGCGUAAAGCCAGCGCUGAAGUUAGAAACAUGGUGUCAAGACGGAUGAAGCAACACUGCUCUACAUUCGAGGAAGAUGACGCGUUUCUUCGCACCAACGACCAGAAAUUGGCGCCGUGGCUACGAUCAUGCCUGCAUCUUCGAAUGGGCGAAAAACAAAUGCUGAUGCGGGCAGCGGCCAAAUAUACCUAG